AUCUUGUUUUGCCAUUGUUGUUAGUACUGAAAGUGAAAUAAAAGAAAUUAGAAAAAUCCAGAACGAGAAAGGGAAGAUUUUUUAUUUAAAUUGAAGCGUUUUGGCCACGCAUUAAAGAGUCCAGAAAUUUAAAAUUAAUUUCCUUACAUUGUUAUAUAUUUGAUAGUGAAUAAAGCAACAUGACACGUGGUAAUCAGCGAGAUCUUGCACGACAAAAAAAUCUAAAAAAACAAGCUGAGCUAAACAAAGGGAAACGUAAUGAUAAUCUUACCGUUGAGCAACGUAAAGCGAGAGAUGCUGAGGUAAUGCGAGAAAAGCAACGAAAAAAGGAAGCGGCAGAAAACCAUCAGCAAAUGAGUAAAGUGAAGUAGGAUUUCCUAACUUUUCGUUUCCUUAUCUCCUCCCUUUCUAUUUUUCGGAAAACAACUGCGAGCGAAAUUCUUCAUAGGUUUGUUUUAAUUGAAAGCAGAUGGACGGCCAAAAUGGGUGGAAAAUGAUAACAGUAAUCAAGUUGGUCAAAUUGCGAUAUAUAUCAUAAUCACACGGCGAAGACGCCAGCAAUCAAGAGAAUAUUGAAAAUUCAGGACUUAAAUGAAUACAAAAUUGUGACGAAAAGAAAAAAAAAGUAUUUACGUUCUCUAACCACGAAUCUUGAAUGCGUGCAUAUAUACGUACAUACGGUUCGUGCAAAGCGUAUAUUUACACUGGGAAUUUUGUGUAAAUUUAGACUUAAUUCGUUAAAUAAUUUAAAUUUAACGACAAAAUCAAUGUAUUAUAUUUACAUUUAAUGCACGAAAGGAAGAUAGAACAGUUCUAUUCAUGCUGUCAUAAUUUCGGAAAAAAGUUAUAUCCUUAUUUUAAAAUCGCAAAAAUGCACGCAAAGUUUAGUUUUAAAUCUGCACCAACUAACGUGAAAAAUUAGUAAUGAAUUUAUCAUUAUUCCUCAUAAAAAGGAUAGAGCCAGUGAAUCAACAUAUUGGCCCCGCCAUUUUCUUUCUUCAUUUUUUUUUUUUAUCAAUAUAUUUGAUUCAGCCUAAAAGAUUUGUAUAAAUAUCAAGUGCAAAAAAAAAAAAUAUUUUAUUAUUUUAUCUUUUAUGUAAUAUUUAUUAUGA